AAAUAUUAUCCGCAAAUCUAAUAUGAAAUUUAUUGUUGGUGUCAUCUUGAUUUUGCUCUUUCCCUGUGUAUUAUGUCACAUGCCAACAUUGUAUGAAUUUUGUUCACACGUGGUGGCAAACGGCAAUGCGAGUCUCGCCAGAUGUGACUCGAGUCAGUGCCAGGGAAGGCCAGGAAAAAGAGGAAAUGAAGGAAUACGUGGACUACCCGGAGUAAAAGGAGAACAGGGCGAACCUGGAACGGCGGAACAUCUAGAAGAAAGGAUAAAGAAAUUGGAAGAUUCUUUCCUGAUGACUCAAAAGCAGCUUUUGGCAAUCAAAAAUCCUGAGAUUUGCUACAUGGGUGUCAAGAAUCGUCAUAUCAUUCCUGACUCACAAAUCACAGCUUCAUCAAUUGCUAGUGUAAAUCAUCAAGCUUAUUAUGGUAGAUUAGACAAUGUGGAUCGUUCUGGGGGAAAGUACGCUGCAUGGGCUUCCGGUAGAAAUGCAAUAGGAGAAUGGCAUCAGGUAGAUUUCAAGGCACCAAAACCAAUCGGAGGAAUCGUGACACAGGGACGAUCAAUCAACGAUCAAUGGGUUCGGUCUUUCAAAAUAUCGUAUGGAAAUUCUACCAGCGCAAUGAUCACAAUACAAGAGAAUGGUUCCGACAAGAUAUUUACUGGAAAUAAUGACAGAAGCACCAAGGUCACCAACAUGUUUCCGCAUGUAAUAAUAUGUCGAUACAUUCGAGUUUAUCCCCAAACAUGGUAUCGUCAUAUGAGCAUGAGAGUGGAAUACAUUGAUGGAAUGUGUCAUGGUUUAUUGUAACUGACAAGGAAUGAACUUGGCAAUCUACCAAUAAGAUUUUCAUAGGUACAAUAUUAAUGAUUUUGCAUCAGGUUAUAUUAACAGUAAAUGAGAAUUUGCUGUGCGGUGAUGUUAUAGCGACUGGCGUCAGUUUAUCUCAAUUCAUCUGCCUUUUGCUUUGUUCCAAUUUAUCCACGAUUUAGCUAGAAUGUAUGUGAAACAACGUUAAAUUUCUAAUUUUGUUUUUAAACUCCAUUUAUCCAUAGUACGUGUGGAUAAAACAAUCCAUUUUCAUCAAUUGUUGGAGUGUUCUGCUUUCCUUUGAUGUCCGCGUUUAAUAUAUUUAAACAUCGCUCUCUUUCAACAAGAAUAAUUGUUCAGAAAUUUUUCAAACAUCUGUUUAGAUAAGCGUAUUCGGAUUUUUUGUCAUAUAAUUUAUUUAUUUUUUGCUUACUCUCCUAUAUAUACGUAUAAAUUCAUAAGAUAAAAUUAAAACUUUGGUAAAAAAUGUAUUGAAUUGAUCUUGCUUAGAACAGUUAAUCAAAUGAAACAGUCCACCUUUAUGUUUAAAUAUUGUGAAAAUAUUUCCUGAGAUAUUUUCUUAAUUCUAUUAUGUGAACAAAAUUUAUGUAAUUAGUAAAUCACGAAUCAUAAAUCAACUUAAUGUCAAAAAUCUGCUUUUAAACCCAGAUAAUUGUCGUCACAACGGUUUUGUCAUUUAUUCAUUUUUGGCCGUGUAUAUUAUACUUAUACCCAUUCUACAUUAUUUGCCAUAGUAAUGUUUUUGUGUUCGAUGAAU